AUGAAAAUUCAAAUACUGAGUGAUUUGCAUAUUGAACAUUUUCCUUCCCUCUCUGAUUUUCAAGCACAAUAUAAGAAUCGGUAUGGAAAUUAUUUAUGUGAGACGGUCUAUGGAGAGGUUCUGAUACUUGCUGGAGAUAUUGGUGAUCCAUUUCAACAGAGUUAUUUCGAUUUUAUGCAAUAUUGUUCGGGGAAGUAUAAAGCAGUGAUGGUUAUUGCUGGAAAUCACGAAUUUUAUGGACAUGAAUAUUUUCAAACUAUUGAUCAGAUUAGAAAUUUGACCAGAUCAUUUUCAAAUGUAUAUUUUUUGAAUAGAGAUGUGGUUGAGUUGACCAUUGAUGGGAGCUCACUUGUGUUUUUAGGUUGUACUCUUUGGAGUCAUGUACCAGAUAAAGCGUUAAAUGUAGUUCAGAAUGUAAGUGAAAUAAUAUCUAUUAUCAAUACUGAAUCAAUUACUAGUCAAUGA